AUGGGAGACGAACCUUACCGUGCGCUGGCCUCGAGGGCUGACAGCCCCAACCACCAAAUGACAAUUGAGCAGCUCAUGGACACACGACUUUGUGUCAGUUCCCUCACAACAGAGCAGUGCCACGAGUUCCUGUCAAGGUUGGACCCUAAGCAGGUGAAGAACGCCGUUUUUGAUCGGGCCCUGUGCUUUCCGUUUGAUCCGUGGACCGAGGAAAUUCGGGCGUCCUACGGCAAGCAAGUCCAGGCUGCAGUCAAGAGCAUCACUUCCUUCGACAACGUUACCCAGAAUGUUUACCACGAAUUUGCCUCCUGGCGGGACGUUUUCGUUUUCGAGGAGGUUGACUUUGGCAACAUGGAGGCGCACGUGAAGGGCUUUCUCCUACCUUCUAUAGACAACGUCGGCGUCUACUCAACCUUUUCCGACUACACUCUCACCAAGACUAACGGCCUUAACGCCCUUCUUAAGAUUGGUCAGCUCAUCCUCGAGAUACCCAUCCUGACUUCCAAACGGGGCGUUGGACUGUUUGUUUAUGACCCUCUCAGUCGCUCUGUUGCCAACAUCCUUUCAGGUGUAACCAACGACCUCAACCGCCGACAGAUUCUCGACGCCGAACUCGAGGGCCGAUUUCUGGAGCUCGCGAAGCGUUCCGACGCGGUCGGUCUUUUUCCCGGUCUCGUCAAUGCGCUUAUCCCAGGCGCUGAAGUUCACCCAUACAACGUGCCCUACGGACGGCAGCUGAACAUGAAGAACAAGCGAGCCUUGAGUGAGCAGCUUGCCCCUGCGGCUAAGAGGAGCAAGGUAAUCGGCGGUAAUCAGUACACGGGUGAGCUAGGUGAUGGUCCGCAGGGAGCUCUCACACCUGGAUAUCCGGGGGCGCUCAGCACGGAGCCGCUGGUCGUCAUCGAGGGACGGAGAAUCGAGCCACGCGCGCCGCAGAACCCGUUCUCGAGGCCAUAUGACGCGGGACCCAUCGCUCCGCUUUUCGUCCAGUCUGCACAGGCGACAGCUAACCGCACCGUCAAGAGCAGUGAACAGCCCAUUAAGGCAGAGCGGGCUGAGGUGAGCGACCAGGAUCAGCAGCAGGGCCAGGGACAGUUCUCAGAGCUACAGAACAUCGCAAAUGGAGCCACGCAGUACCAGUCAGAGCCUCGGGAGGUCCAGAAGGCGACUCAGCAAGGACAGGAAGAGGCUGAUCAGGCCGGGAGCUCUUGCGAGGCCAACACCGGCUUGGAGGGCCAACAGGCUGUCACCGUCGACCAAGGCGAGGGAGUCCAGCAAUCCGAGCAGAAUGACCCCCAGAACAACAAUCAGAACACACCAACCACAUACGACGACAUGCUGCGGCAGAUCGAGGCCGCAAUGUUCAAGGACCACAUCCAUGAGCCGCCCAGCGUGCAGCUGACGCAGGCGCCCGCGCUGAAGCAGCGGAUCGAGAACACUUGCAAUGCGAUCCGGCAACACUUUAAGAGGGUCGCGGACGCGUGCAAGACGAGCGGUGACCACGCGAAAUUCCUGGGCAGCCUGAACGAUACUGCGUUCGCGCUGCUGUGGGUGAUUGAGAGCUGCGCACUCAACGUCGCCGGCACGCCGCUCUCGGCCGAGGUCUCGCGUACCCUUUCGCGGAACACCAUGGUUGGCGACCUGUGGGGCUGUAUUCGGCUGGCUGAGCCUACUGACCAGAAGGAUCUUCUCGAUGUCAAGGACCACGUGGGCGCCGAGACAUUCGGUGAGAAGCUGGAGCGGAUCAUCGGCAGAAUGAAUGAGACUGGCGUUGAGGGGUAUGGUGAUCUGCGGGUCAUCCUGGACACUAUGCGUGGUGCCGUCUCUGUGCCCGUCCAGGACCCUGCUACUUGA